AUGGACCGCGAGGAGCGGCGGUGGCUGCCGCUGCGCUGCGCGGAGGACGGCGCGCUGCUGGUGCGGGACGUGUGCGUCGCGCCGAGCUGCCCGCGGCUGCAGGUGCGCGGCCACCUGUGCGUGGAGCACGUGCUGGAGCUGGAGCUGUCGUGGCAGGGCAACUACUCGGUGCGCGCGUGUCACGGCUGCCGCGUCAGCACGCUCAAGCUCUACGGCGAGAAGCAGGACGUCUGGUUCAUCCUGGAGGCGGGCGAGCACACGCGCGGCGCUCACGGCGUCGAGCGGCGCGUCAAGACCCCGACGUCGGCGGACUCGGACAUGUCGGACGCGCCGCCCGUGCGCACGCUCGUGGCGCCUGGGAAGCGCCCCCUUGGGAAGCGGCCGCGGCCUCUUCGCAAGUCCAGUCGCUUCGUGAAGCAGCACGUGGAGAAGGAGCAGAUGCUCGCGUUCGAGUGGAGUCUGGGCAACCUGCCGCUGGAGAAGAGCAAGCACCUCUGGCAAGACAACCACAAGCGCGCCGAGAUGGAGAAGGACCCGAUGGCGUACUUAGCGGCGCAGAAGCCGCCGCCGGUUAAAGAGGUGUCAGACGUCAACGCGCGACCGGAGCCGGAAGAGGUUUUCUGUGCUGCGCUGGGCUGUGGACGCUUCGCCAAGACGGACAACCACUGCCGCUUCCACUCGUCCAAGCCGCUGGUGUUUAUUAAGCCCUCUGUGGAGACGGCGCAGACGAGUGUGAAGAGUGUUGCGACGAAGUGA